UUGGGGAGUAGCAGCGAGUGUAGGCUCAGGGGAAAGGCUGCGGGUAGGUAGCACAGGGACUUGUGUCCUCUGCGGUUCAUCCAACCGCUCCCCGCUCUUUUACAGUUGGAUAUUUUUAUACAGUCCACUAACGUUCCGUUUGAAAACAGUUUCGUCACAGAAACUAAACAAUCAUUAAAAUAUUCUCGAAAUUAAUCAGUGGCAAUGGAUGAUCUCAUUACCUUGGCAGCAAGUUAUUUGACAGCUUUGGUGCCAAUCAUUAUUAAACCAAUCGGUCUGCCUAUAUGAUUGGACAAAACGUGUCGGUGCCCUCCCCUGAUCGACUUCUACAGUAAAUUGAAAGCGAAAUACGGUUGUUCAUUGAAUGAAUGACAUCGGAAAACAAACCCUCUUGCUACUCCGGUUUUCUUGAAGUGCUGUUUGCUGUCCUGUCGGCAGUCAGACCUGCCUCUCUGGAGAUGCAGAGGAGAACAUCAUCUUAAAAGACCUUCAGAAAACAGUUCCUGACAUGGACAAGGUUUUUUGUACAGAUUGUAAGGAACAGAGAUUAGCACAGAGUCUCUGCCCUUACUGUAACAAAUGGCUGUGCUUGAGAUGUACCGAUCUACACCGCCAUGCGACAGAUAGCAAAAUGAACGUCUUGUCAGAAACUGAGAGGAUGCAACCCAAUACUGAUGCUGAAGGUCGGUCACAGGAACUCCUGUAUUGUCAGCAGCACAAUCGGGAACCUCUGUGUUUAUUUUGUGAAACGUGUGCCAUGUUGACCUGCAGUAGCUGCCACCUUUCAUCACACAAAAAUCACAGGCUUUUCCAUGUUGGUAAGGCCAUUCAAAACCAACAGAGGCUUUUUGAAAGUUUAACAGCACAAGUGGAGGACAAGAAAGCAACCAUGAAGAACUCCACUAAACAAAUCGAAUCCAGGUUACAUGACAUAAAAGUCAUGCGCAGGAAAACAGAAAACCAGAUUCAAAUGGCAAAGAUGAUCAUGAUGAAUGAAAUAAACAAGCGAGCCAAUGUACUGUUGGAACAACUUGAGAGGAUAACGGAUCAUUAUAAGUUGAGUCUGGAAUACAAGCAGCAUGGAAUUGUAGACCUUUGUCAGCAGCUAGAACAAGUGCAGAACUUUAUAAACUGGGCAACAGCUCAUGACAAGAGCAUUCCAUUCCUCUAUAGUAAGGAACUGCUUACAUUUCAGAUGCAACGCUUGCAUGAAUCCCAGCUCCAUGCAAAUGUGGGUCCUGCUAAUAAAGUCAACUUCUACUGGGAUGCCAGUUUCUGGACCAAGCAGAUUUCACUCUUUGGUCAGCUGACAACAGACACAGCUCACCAAGGCUUUCCAAACAAUGCUAACAUACACCGACCCCAACCUCUCAUUUGUCAAGGCCUGCCAGCAGCCAUACAUCACAGACCUGUAGAUCAAGCCAAUGAGUUCCAGCCAUGUUUUCAACAACUGACCCCUGUCUAUUGUGGACAGUGCCAUCAUAGGCCUCAAGCUCUCCAAGAACAUCUCGCCCAACAGUGUAUGCACCUUACAGAAACAAACAGAGGGCACACACGGUUGCAGCAACAGAAUCCCAUGGGUCAACAUGAACUAGAGCAGGGCAGGAGGUAUCGGCGGACAAUGCCUUACCCCAUGAAGACAACACAGCCCUUGAAAGUACCUCAACUAGCACAGCUUGAGCAGGAUCAGCAGGCAGGUAUGGGAGCGCACUUACAAAUGAAGCAGUUGGAGCAAAACGCCUAUCCAGUUAGUUGCACGCUGCCGUCACACAGGAUUCACCAGCAGAUGCAUCUCCACCGGGCUCCACCAAGAAUGAAAGCCCCCCAGACACACAUGGCACAGCAACAGCCUGUGGUGCAGCGCAGCCAUUUGCAGCAGAUGCAACUCCUGCAGCAACGACAGAUGCAGAAAACAGAGCCCCUGUUACUGGACCACGCAGUGCAGCAUGGCGUCCUGCAACCCAGCCAACUGGAGCAAAUGCAAAAAGUCCCAAAGGUCCUGCAGCAGACUCAGGAGCCCAAACUGCAUCUCCAGCCCCCAGCAAAACCCCAGCAGUUUCAGCAAUCCAGAGUGGGGCAAAUCAAUUACAUUGUGAGACAGCAGCCUGUUCAACCUCAGAAUGGUGUGCAGCAGCAAAGCUUCCAGCCAGCACAGAAUAAUGGUCGGGUUCAGCAGACUGAGCAGCUGCAGCAGGAAGCUGAGCUCCAGCAACACAAUGAGAACCAUGGGAUGACUCAUGCAAGUGUGGUGAACCAAAUCGAUUGUGCAUCAGGAGCCGCUGCUGACAGGGAUCCUGCCUCGCAGAAAAUGGCCGUGCCAGCCAACCAACCCCUGAGCCUCGCACCAAAAAUAACUGACCUAAUAUCUGAGAAAAGGGCUCAUGAAAACACCCAGCAAGAUUCAGCACCUUUCCCAAGGCCUGAAACACACUCGUCCCCCGAGGACCUGCAUGAUAACCUAGCAACACAUAACAGGGACCAAGGGAGCAUGGAAUUCAAGGAAGGUGACCGUAUCUUAAAAGGACGAAUUAAAGAGGACGGUGAAAAUACAUUUGAUGAACCAAUAAAUUUGUCUUUCAACGAACACCAGUUCUUUGGAACGCCCCCCAUGUCCUCUGCUGGUCUUCGUAUCUCUCCUGUAACAGCUGGCAGCAUAUUUGAAGGUGAAGAUAAUGAAAUUAAUGGAAAUACAUCACAGAAUAAUAUCAGAGCACCCGAAAAUGUGAUGGUCCCGUUUGUCAAGCUGGAACGUUUAAAAAUUUGUCAAGGUGCUGGUCAACUACCAGUGUUCAAACUGCAGCCAGACUGUAGCCAGACGGAUGGCAGUUAUUUCAUUCUGAUGGAAGUGAAAAACGAGCCUCCAGCAGCAACUGAACAAGUAUGGGAAAUGGAUAACACUGCUCAAGAGGUUAAUACGAAUAUGGCAGCCCUUUUUGAUGACACAGUCAACCCUCCACAGACCAACCAUUUGCAGUCACAAGAUGACCCUAACCACAUAUCACUGGACAGUUCAGACUUGCACAGGCUCACUCAAAGCUGUGAUCCCAAAGACCCAGAGCCAACACUGCUCAGUGGUGACAAAGAGGAACCUCCCUGUACAGAUCUGCCUGAGAUGGAGGAAGCCAGUGCAAUGGAGAACGAGGAUUUCUGUGCAGUCUGCCUCAAUGGAGGGGAUCUGCUGUGUUGUGAUCGAUGCCCUAAGGUUUUCCAUCUCCCCUGUCAUGUGCCUUCACUGCUGAGCUUCCCAGUGGGUGAGUGGGUGUGUUCACUGUGCCGUAACCUGCAGAUUCCAGAGAUGAAAUACGACUGUGAAAACACUCGCCUGAUUCAAGAACAUAAAGGGAAAAGACCACAAUAUGGGCUUUCACUCUAUGACCAAAGGAAAUGUGAAAGACUGAUUCUCUACAUUUACUGCAACACCCUCAGCUUGCCUUUCCAUGAGCCUGUCAGUCCUUUGGCACGCCAUUACUACCAAAUAAUAAAGAAACCAAUAGACCUGUCUGUUAUAAGAAGCAAACUCAACAAGAGGAGCCCUCUCUGUUAUUACACCCCUGAGGAGUUUGUGGCUGAUGUUUUCCUGAUGUUCAGGAACUGUGCAAAAUUUAACUAUCCAGAUUCUGAGGUGGCCCAAGCAGGGAGCAGCCUGGAGGCUUUCUUCAAUGAGAAGCUCAAAGAGGUGUUCCCAGAUAAAGCCUUUCAGGAUUUGACGGAUGACUCGGAUCCAGAAGAGUUUGAUGGUGUGUAUAAGGUGGGCAUGAAUGGCUUUCUUUGGCCACCAGAGGAAAAGGAGCCCUGUCAUAUCAAACGAAGACGGCGGAACUCUGUCGGCUGCAAAAGACAUCAGGUUUAACCAAGGACACUGCUGAAUAUAUGCUUUCUGGAAGUGAUAACGACCCACAUUAACCCCAUAUAUCCAAUCUGCUGAAGGGGCAAUGGCAAGUGUUCUUAAUAUGCGAUUUCACAAACAUGUGAUUCUUAACUCCUCUUAAGUGAUUUGCAAGGAGGAAUGUUCCUAAAAGGGAGGUUGUUUUACUGAUUGCUUUUUCUUCAUGCCGUCUUUUAAAAAUGUUUUGUUUGUACCGGGUUGUAUUUUAAGUGACUUUCAUUUAUCUGUUAAUAUGUAUGGAUUUUACCUGUUUCUAUUUUUUAAAGAUGUGAAGUAGAAUAUAAUAGUUUAUGCAAAUGGUAAUGUUUUUUUAAAAAAACUAAACCCCAAAAAACCCUCAGGUUAACUGGCAUUGCUGUUAAAUCUCUUUUUUUUUUUUUUUUUUUUUUUUUUUUUUUUUUUUUUACAGCUAAUUAGUUGCAUGCAACAGCUUUUAAUGGACCAAUUAACUAAAACAUUACUCUGCAUUCUGUUAAACAGGCAGCACAACUUAUUGAACUGCAGAUUGCAGGGGGAUUUCAUUUUACAUUCUGUUAUGUUCUCUGUAUUUUCUCUCAUUUCAUAUUUUGUAUUGACUUUCUGUAACUAGAACAGUAACAUGGCCAGCAGAACUGCAGUUUCUAUUUCAUCCAACAGGUGGCAAUAAUGCUUCAGACUUACAGCAUGCGAAAUGAUGUAUUAGUCCAGGGGAGCCUGAGGGCUGCAGAGAGGCCAUCAAGAAGUUUGAAUGUUUAUUCUCUUACAAAUAAAACUUUGAUUUAUUUUUC